CUGAUAUUAGGGGCCGGUUAGUGUAACUUGGUAGUCGUGGGGUUUUGUCAAACCCAGCUCAUGUUUUAGCGUAACGUCUUCCGAAGCCAGCUAGUAUGGCUUACCGUUGUGAUUUACGGAGCUAUUCUUUAUUUGUACCAAGUAAGCGUCGCGGUGUACUGUCCUAAAAUGGAACCAUGACGUAUUUAUACCCGCGUGAAGACAGCCAUAGUUUGUUCGUUACGCGACGUCACAUUAACUGUACAGUUCAGUGACCUGUCAAGACUCGGGAAGAAGCACCAAAACCGCCUGGAAAAUGUCGCCGUCGCCAUUCCUACCGCUGGCCACCAACUGCUUCAUGUCUGCACUCGGCUGCUUGGCCACAAUGAAGCUGAUUCCCGCUUUUCGAGACCAUUUCAUCUCGGCCAGAUUGUACGGGAUGGACCUCAACAAAGUGACAAAAUAUCAAGUUCCAGAGUCUCAAGGUGUCAUCAGUGGGACAGUCUUCCUCAUCAUCCUCUUUUGCUUCAUCCCAGUGCCUUUCCUCAGUUGCCUUGUGGGCGAUCAGUGCAAUGGCUUCCCACAUGAUGAGUUUGUGCAGCUGAUCGGUGCGCUGCUCGCCAUCUGCUGCAUGAUCUUCCUGGGAUUUGCUGAUGACGUGUUGAACCUGCGAUGGAGGCACAAGCUCCUGCUUCCCACCAUGGCCUCCCUGCCACUUCUUAUGGUCUAUUUCACCAACUUUGGCAACACGGUCAUUUUGGUGCCCAAACCAUUCAGAGCACUGCUGGGGCUGCACCUGGAUCUCGGUAUUCUUUACUAUGUCUACAUGGGGAUGCUGGCAGUCUUCUGCACGAAUGCCAUCAACAUCCUGGCCGGUAUAAACGGCAUCGAGUCAGGUCAAGCCCUGUUUAUCUCUGGCUCCAUCAUCAUCUUCAAUUUGUUGGAGCUCAGCGGGGAUUACCAUGAUGACCAUGUUUUCUCUCUCUACUUCAUGAUGCCAUUCUUCUUCACCACGUUAGCACUUUUUUACCACAACUGGUACCCCUCAUCCGUGUUUGUGGGAGACACUUUCUGCUACUUUGCAGGGAUGACCUUUGCUGUUGUUGGCAUCCUGGGACACUUCAGCAAGACGAUGCUGUUGUUUUUUAUUCCUCAAGUGGUUAACUUUAUCUAUUCCUUGCCUCAGCUUUUCCACAUCAUCCCGUGUCCCAGACAUAGACUUCCCAGGUUGAAUCCAGACACGGGCAAACUAGGGAUGAGUUACUCUAAAUUCAAAAAAAAGGACCUUUCCAUACUAGGACAUCUCAUUCUGCAGGUUGCAGAGUUACUGAAGCUUCUUGAGGUGCGCAGAGGCCAAGAAGAAGAUGAUGAAUUCAUUGAGUGUAAUAACAUGACCAUAAUAAAUCUGGUCUUGAAAUGCCUUGGCCCAACCCACGAGAGAAACCUCACUGCCAUCAUACUCCUGAUACAGGUGAUGGGAAGCGCAUUGGCUUUUGGGAUCCGUUACCAUUUGGUGCGCCUCUUCUACGACGUCUAGAGAUCUCGCAAGAACACGAGGAGGAUGACAAAGAAAUUCUAUUUCUGAAACACUUUGAAAGGCUCUUUGUUUGGGUGCCUUUAUAUUCUAUUACCUCAGUUACAUUUGUUCCUCAGUCUCAUAGUACGGCAAAGACCCAGUGUCUGGGGGAUUACUUGUGGCAAGAAUAUGUUCACAUCAUGUGCAAGCAUCGUGACAUAAAUCAUUCUGCGGUUUGUAACUCUAAUUUCAAUGAAUUACCAUAGGAAAUAUUGAACCAUAUUUUACUAGUGUUAAUUGUUCUUUCCACCCAAAAAAUUUUAUUUUUGUACUGGGUUCAUAAGGAAUGUUGCUUUAUUCUCUGAACCAACCAUCAUCAUCUGCAUAGAGUUUGAGAAACUUCAAUGUGAACUUAUAUAUAGAGCAGCAGUCCUUGACUUCAAUUGUACCCGUUAACUUUAGACACCAUAUGGGGAUGGUAUGUAAAUAGAAGGGGUUUUAAUUUGAUCAUUUCUUUUACCUCUGCAGUGGGGAAAUUCCCAUGUCCCGGGAGCAAACGGAAGAGCAGACUGGACACGAUAAUCGAGAGAUUAAAACAACUCGCUAAGCACAAAGCACAAAAGUUACUUACAAAUCAUGGACUCUGGUGGGUAGCUAUCUUUUAUCUUUUGCACAGUUACCAGUAGAAUAUGCAACAUGAGGGUGUCAUUUAAUAGCCCAUUGGAAUAACAACAUUAUUUAUAAGUUACAGAAAAGGGUAAAGGUGUUCUGUGAUCUCUUGUUAUAGUUUGUUUUUUCACCAAGGACUAAAUGUUUUGUCAGAAGGCACUGGACUACUGUGUUCUGGAAUGUAACUUAAAAUGGAAAUACUGGUGAUUGUAAAUAUGGUUUGCUCAAACUGUAAAAUAAAGGCUGAGACAUUA